CUUCAUCUCCCAGUAAAACGGUUCUAACCAUGGACAUAUACAAGCCUCCGGCUGUUACCGGAUGUGUCGCACUCAAAACGCGACUCUACCGGACAUUGAAGCGGAACGAACAGAAAGUGGAAUCACAAUGAACACCCGAGGUCUCCGCUCUCAGCUGAAGGACAGUGUACCUGUGGCAGGCCUCUGCCCUCAGGGACAGUAUGGAAUCCAGGACUCUCUGCGGAGCGGAUUUACCAGUGUGAAGAAUGAGCUCAUUCCCAGCCACCCACUGGAGGUGUCAGAGAAGAACUUCCAACUGAACCAGGACAAGAUGAAUUUCUCGACUCUGAGAAACAUCCAGGGACUUCAUGCUCCUCUCAAACUGCAGAUGGAGUACAGGGCAGCCAGACAGAUCCAGCGCCUGCCGUUCUUACAGAGUUCAAACCUGGCUCUGGACACACUGCGAGGCAGCGACGAGUCAAUCGGCUUUGAUGACAUCCUCAAUGAUCCAUCCCAGAGUGAAAUGAUGGGAGAUCCUCACAUGAUGGUGGAAUACAAACUGGGAAUGUUGUGAAAGAAAAUGGAAAAGACACACACAAAAACACCUGUAGUUCAAUAUUUGUUGUAUUUGCUUAUGAAAAGAACAACUCUGUUGCUGGGGAACUGAUGUCCUCUUCUGGAAAGGACACGGGCUAGAUGAGGGUAUGGUAUGGGGUGGGGGUGGGGGGGGCGGGGGCCCAUGGAUCUGCAUUCAAUGCUCCUUUUGGAUGAUUCCAAUCUGGCUCGUAUUUCUAAUAAACUUCAUAACUUUCCUCUAGCUGUGGGUUGAUUUGAUAAAUAAUGUAAGUGUUGUGGUUGAACUCGCUUUGUCUCAGAUCAAAGGCUUUGUUUGAUCCUCUGUUAAUGUGUUAUGGAAAUGAAUUAUAAUUGUGUGGCACUACUUAAAACAACAGCCGUGCAUCUGUGGCAUCAGAUGGUUAGAUAACUUUAUGAAGUUGUUACAUACAGUGAGAGACAAUGUCAAAAAUACACAAAUGAAGAAAGUUACCCAGUUAAAUGCAAAAGGUAAAGAUGUUUUCUUAUUUGAAACAUACUACUGACUACAUUAAAUGUAUUUAAGAGUAA